AACACGGCAGUGCUUUCGUACUUCUUCGGAAGUCUAAAGUUCCAAGAUGUUUCAAUGCAUAGACGAAGCUCAAUCAUUGGAGCAAAAGCUCGGAAUCCUUCUGCAAGACGGGCUCAUGACCUGCACUGCCGCCCAAAUGGCCCCAGAUAAGAUGCGUACAAAGGUCGUCUUGCCUUGAUGCCCUGGUCAGUUCGAGCCUCUAUCAACUUGAACACACCCACCAUACAAUGGAUCUCGGGACAGCUGUCGGAGUCGUCUCCCUAGGCAUACAAGUACUGCAAGGUGUCAUCGACUAUUAUGGCGCUUAUCAGGACUACGGCGAUGAUAUCGCCAGCUUCUGUACCUCUUCCUCAGCUCUCUUAAACACCUUGCAAUUACUCCAGCUGCAGCUGGAGCGAAAGGACUUCGUCUUUAGUGCCUCCAGAGUUCACAUUCUGGCAUCCGUUCAACAGUGUAACGGAGGCGUGACCAAAUUGAAAAGGAAGUUGAACAAGAUCAAAGAUCAGCCCAUACCAGCCAAAAGCGACUUAUUCACGAAGGUCAAGCAUCAUGCAGUCAACCAACUACGAAGGGUCUCUUAUCCCUUCAAGUGCAGCACUCUGGCCAGGUUGAGGGAAAUUAUACAAGACCUUAGAGAUAAUCUGGCCCUCGCUCUACAAGCCUUGGGCCUCGAUACGGCCGACCAACACGCUAAGACAUUAGCUACGGUCGAUCUGAAAGUAGACGAAGUGAUUACCAAGUUAGAACGCCUGAACAAACGUAUAAUUGACGACGAGAUGAAAGAGUGGCUCUCUCCUACAAAUUCGAGUCCAUACUUGCAGGCAAAGCUGAAGCAAUGGUCACCGCAUACUGCUGCUUGGCUGCUACAGGGGAAGCUCUUCAGCGAUUGGGUCAGAAAAUCGGGAUCGAUAUGGCUGACUGGCAUGCCUGGAUGUGGCAAGUCUGUCAUCUGUUCUGCUGCAAUCGCUAUGACCGAAAGACAAUGCACCGCGUCCAAGCGAUCCCUGAUAGCAUACCACUUUUUUACUUUCACCGAUGCCAAAACGAGGACCGUCGAUGCUAUGAUGAGAAGCCUCGUACAUCAAUUAGCCCGUCAAUCGGGCACCUUCUACAACGCAACGAAUGUUUUGUUCGACAAGUGUCAUGAGGAAGGUCAACCGCCUACCAUUCCCGAACUAUUCGACUUGCUCACAGAGGCUCUCCCCUAUGACGCGGAGACCUACCUAUUCUUGGAUGCCCUGGAUGAAUGCGACGAGCAGACUGAGCUCACUGACUUCAUCCAGAUGUUGCAGAAAGAGUCUCCGAACUUGCAUUUGUUUCUUACGAGUCGUCCUCACGUCGUAUCUGCGGAAGUCAUCAAACCGGGAAAUCACGUCCAGAUCGACCUGGCAUCAGAACUUGACGCCAUCAACGUGGACAUCGAACGCUAUGUCAAGCAAUAACUCUCAAGCGAUUCUGUCUUAUGCAAAUUCACCCCAGCUUUGAAAGUCAAGAUCGAAGCGAAGCUGUCUGAUGCCAAAGGAAUGUUCCGUUGGGCUUCAUUGCACCUGCAAGGACUCAAGAACCCAAAGCUGACCAGAAUGGGCGAUCACAUUG